AUGGCCGAAAGCUCCGAGACGGUUUGUUUGGCAGUGAAACGUUUGGAUUUAAAUGAUACAGAAAUCUCAGAUGUGAUUUCUUUGAACAUCAGCAAAGGGGACAGUGUGGCAGAAGUUACUCACAAAAUACGAGUGGCCCUGGAACCCAAUGAUGCUGACAUCAUUUUCAAGUUGCGCAAUACCCAAGGACAUUUCAUUCCUUUAAAUGGAAAGAUUGCUGAUAGACCUUCCAUUGUUGAGCAUCAUCGUCAUUUUUUACAGUCUGAAGUGCAACCAGAACCAAACUCCCUUACGCUGACACAGUUUGAAGAUGAGAUGGUGAAAAAACUGGCAACUAUACAGGAAAGGAUUAAUCAGCUUGAGCUGGCAGAGAAAAAUAUGACAGAGAGACGAGCAGAGAAGCUUAAACAGGAAGUGUUGGUGCUGCAGGCUACAGUGGACUUCAUGACAAGACGUUUUGAGGAGUCCGAAUCUGUUCACUGGAAUGGAAUGUUCAUUCGGUAUCCGUUAUGGUGA